CCGCUAAUACGCGCGGACGGGUGCACGAUGCACGCGCGGUGAACAAAACAAUCGCAAUGCUGUUUGAGAAUCCCAACGCGAAAUUGUUCCCAGCUUUCAACAUCCCACCGCCAGUGAGGCUCAGCGGUGCGCUUGGCGGUCUGGAGAUGGUGGACGGAGAGUUAGCGGCGCACGUUUUGAGUGCGCAGGCUGCCGCACAUGCCGCAGCCACCGCUGCCGCGCAUCAGCAGCAGCAGCAAAUGGCAGUGCAACAGAUCAAAACGUCUCCCUCAUCAGGCCGCUCAUCACCAGUACCAAACAAUGCAGGCAGCACAUCCCCGUCACCGAGCAAGCUGUUUGUCGGAGGCCUCAGCUGGCAGACGAGCUCGGAGAAGCUGAGAGAGUACUUUGCUAUGUUUGGCGCGGUGACGGACGUGCUGAUCAUGAAGGAUCCUGUGACACAGCGCUCGCGCGGCUUCGGCUUCAUCACGUUCCAGGAGGCCGCGUCCGUGGACAAGGUGCUGGCGGUGCCCGUGCACACGCUGGACGGCAAGCGCAUCGACCCCAAGCACGCGACGCCCAAGUCGGCGCCCAAGCCGGCCAAGACGAAGAAGAUAUUCGUCGGCGGCGUCGGCCAGGACACGUCCGCCGAGGAGGUGCGCGCCUACUUCUCGCAGUUCGGCCUCGUCGAGGACGCCGUCAUGCUCAUGGACCAGCAGACGAAACGCCACCGGGGCUUCGGCUUCGUCACGUUCCACUCGGAGGAGGCUGUCGAACGCGUGUGCGAUAUCCACUUCCACACGAUCAAGAACAAGAAGGUGGAGUGCAAGCGCGCGCAGCCCAAGGAGGCGGUGGCGGGCGCGGGGCUGGCGCUGGCCAAGCGGCUGGUGCUGCGGCCCGGGCGCGGGCUGGUGUACGGCGGCGGCGUGCCGGCCUACCGCUACGCGCCGUACGCGCUGCCGGCCGCGCUGCCGCCCGCGCCCGCGCCCGCGCCCGCGCUGCCGCAGUUCGGCGCCGCCUACUCGCUGGCCGGCGUCGACAUGUCCUCCUUCCAGGGCGUCGACUGGAGCGCCGUGUACGGCGUGCCCAUGUACAUCUAGGCGCUGAACUACCCCCGCCCCGCGCAUCGAAGAUCUCAGAUAUUUCGUUAGUUGAACUCGACUAAUCUCCCGACUCGACUCCCGCUUUGCGUCUCGCGUGAGGAGCGCGUGUCUCGCCGUUUUGUUUUGGUUUUAGUGUCCGCGGCGGUCGGACCUCGCGUGGCGGUCGCGGCCCCCGUAUCAGUAUUAUAGUUCCGUGCCAUUGCGACACACUAAAUUGUGCCAAACCGUAUGUAUGUACGUUUAGUUUUGGAUGACGCGGCGCGGCGCCAACUCGACCCGCCGUUUUACGCGCGGUUUGACGUCUUGAUUGUACUCUCGAAGGGAAUGUAAGUCGCGAUCCGCGUCGUUUGAAAAUGAGGGUACGCGUGAAUAAUUGGAACGUCUCUGCGGCUCGAUCGCUCGGUCGGGUCGAGUGACGUCACGCCGCGAGCCCGUGACGUCACGCGGGUCCGCCGCGAGCUCACCACUCAUACAUAUCUAACCGAAAAAGCAAUCAUUUAUAUGCCAUUGUAUGAUGUAGACGACGCCCACGCUGACGCGAUUCUUGAGAUGGCGGACGUCGUCAAUUAUUUAUUUUAUGUUUAGUGUUAAUGUUGCCAAAUAUAUUGUGUGUGUACUUGCUCUUGCUCAUGUGAUUGUAUUAUGGUUAGGUUUUCGAUCAAGGCUAUAAUAAAGUAUUUGUAUACUACCUUCAUUUUAACGAUUUUAAGUGGUACAUUUUACAAAGAAGACUUUUAUGCUAGAGCAAAAGAGAUAGAUGGCAAUUUUAAAACAAAUAUGUUCAACGGAAUUCCAUUGAAGUAUGUACUUACAUCAGUGUAAAAUGUUCAACUACCUUCGAAAUUACAAAAACGUAAUAUUUACGAAUUUCGUAAAAAAGUGAUUAUAAAUGUACCACAGAAGUAAAUCUUACUUUAAAAAAAUGUUCCUACAAUAUUGCAAACUACCUCCUCAUACUUCAACGUAAAGGUAGUGUUGUUUUGAUGUGAUUAAAGCAUUUGUGCAAUAAGUGAAUCUCAAUUAUACAUCAUAUCUUAAAUUUAGUGUUAUUUCAAAGCCUAUGAGAGAGGCUAUGUGCCAUCUCAAGAAUCGUGUUGGCUCGGUAUAUCAAUUUUGAUUUGAAGACCACGACUGCUUUGGUUUUAGAUUUUAUUUAUAUUGUUUUAAUGUGUUUUUAUCCAUCGAUUUUCACCUUUGCUCAAUCGACCGCGCGCACGCACUCAAAA